AUGGAUAGUAAUAAACGGAAGGGGAAAAAAGAGAAGAAAAGUCAUAAGACUCAAUCUCCGCUGGUGCAACAACCAACUCCGCCUGCAACUCCAAGUUCUGACGGUCAUAUCAACACUUUAAAGGAUGCAACGUUUUCUGCAUCGAAUGAAAUUCGGUUCGCUAAAGUAGCAGAGAAGAAAAGUACAAAGAAACCCGAUCCAAAACCUGAGUAUAUCGAACCCGGCGUCUUGGAAGUUAAAAAAUAUGGAAAACAAACUUUUGAUACCGCUUUAUCAACAUAUAAAACUCAUGCCAAACCAUAUGUGGAUCCACAACUAGAAAUUAUCCAACCCCAUUUACAAACUGUUAAGGAAUUGUCUAACGAUUAUGUUUACACUCCUGCGCAAAAAUUUUAUGAUCAACAUGCAAAAAAACAUGUCGACGAGUAUUACGAUCAAGCAAAGAAGCAUGUCACUCCAAUUUUACUCCAAUCACAAGAGUAUGCAGUUGGCGCUUACAAGGUAGCGUUAGAGCAUAACGAAAAAACAGUUAAGCCCUUUUAUCGCGAGAAAAUUGUGCCACUCGUAGGUCAAGCGGAAGAUUAUUACCACGCGAAAAUCGUUCCUUUUACCAAGAAAUUGGUAAAACUUGUUGUCGAAAAAUAUAACGAACAUGUUGUUCCCUUUUAUCGAAUUUAUAUUGAACCUCACUUUAUAAAUAUCUGGGAUCUUGUACAAGAUUUAAUAAAUCCUGAGGCCAAACAUAAAGCAGCGGAAGAGACUAAACGAAAGGAGGCUGAGCGUAGAGAAAAGGUUGAAGCAGAGCUUAAAGCACGAGAAGAAGCUAAAAGGCUCGAGGCUAAAAAAGAAGCGGAUCGAAAGGCUAAAGAAGAAGCGGACCGAAAAGCCAAAGAAGCGGCAGAUCGAAAAGCCAAAGAAGAAGCGGAUCGAAAAGCUAAGGAAGAAGCGGAUCGAAAAGCUAAAGAAGAAACAGAUCGAAAGAUCAAAGAAUCAAAGGCCUUUAACGAUACUAUCGUUGCAGAAUUGCCACGUUAUCAACGUAAUAUAUUAUCUGAUAUCAACAAGUUAAUAAUUUUGGUUCAAUCUACCACCAAGGAUAUACUGAAAGACAUCGAAACUAAAUCCGAGGUUAUAACGAAAUCAAAAGGAGAGCAUACUUCCGAAAUCGAAAAAAUAGUUAAAAUGGGCUCUGUAGUCACCGAGAAGGAUAUUGAUCAGAAAAUUUUAUCCAUUCAUGAAUACGUCAAAAAAAAGUUUGAAGAUAUAAAAGAAAUUGCUCGAGAAUCAACUAAGGAAUUUGAAGAUUCGUUGGCCAAAUUAGUAAACCGAUCUGAUAAUGAUCUUCGAGGUAUCAUUGAUAAACGAUCCUCUGAAACAAGAUCAACUAUUUUUAGUAAGGCCAGUGAUCAAAAUAAUGCAGAGAUAACCGAGGAUGUUGAAAGGAAAAUCUCCAAAAUAACAAAAGAAGUUAAAGAAGAAUUUUCAGCAAGGAUCGAACCUGAAAUUUCGAAAAUCAAAACAAAGAUAGAGUCGAUAAAGGAUGUAGCGCGGAGUGUUGCAGAGGAUAUUUUUAAUAUUAAAAGAUCAGCAACAAAGUCAUUAAAACAACAAAGCGACACUCUGAAAUCAGGUGCUCAGGAGAAACCAGAAUCCGAAAAAAGCAAAGACGAUCAGAAACCCGUUGAAAAGGUUGAACCAUCAAAGGAUAGUUCACCAAAAGAUCAAGACAAGUCACGUGAUCCUGUUUUAGAACAAUUAAAGAAAAGGUACCGUUUACAACAAGACCCAGUUCUACAAAAAUUAAAAGCCUCAUACAAUGAGAGGAAAAAAUUGGUAAGUAUUGUUGAAGAGGAAGUCGAGGAGGAAGAUGAUUACUGA